GGCGGAUAACAAGUAUUUCUAUAUGACUGAAAGAAUCUAAACGUCCACAUGCUCAGAAAGGCCAAAUGCAUACAGAACUAUGCAUGUCGAACAUAAUUAUAAUACCUGAUGUUUACAAACUUUGAAGGGAUAAGUUAUUUUUAGGAUAAUUAGGACACGGUCUGCAUCUUGAGAGAAAGGGUUAAGACUUUACUUUUAGAAGCAUAAUACUAGAUAUCAUAAACGUGCAACAUCCCUUCGUUUAUAAUGUCGGUGAUACAUUGGGCGGUUUUAGUCGUCAGUGUCUUUUGGCAACUUCACGGUGGAGAGGCCCAAGCUACUUCAACCAAACCAGUGAGCAACACAACAGAGGCACCCUAUGCGAUUGCGACAGCAAAUGACUCUAUCACGACCAGCGUUCAGGAUAUGCUGAAGUGCAAACUGAUUCCAACCAGUGAUGAUAUUCGAAACGCACUUGCAGAUGCUGAAUCAGCGAAACUGAUUGAGUAUGAAUUAGAAUUUGAGAACUAUACUGUUAAUCCACUUUUGGAGCAAUCUAUUAGAGAGAACUACAAAGCCAAUAUUUGGCAAAAGGCGGCUACUAAACACGGACGAACUCUGGUCACAAUGAAUUUCAAUUACGACGUCCUGUCCUUAUCCGUGCUCUCAUUGGGCGUGGAGAAACAUACGGUAGUGCUAAAGGAUGAGCCAGUUGGUUGUUUUGGAGAGUUAUCAGAAAUGGACAGAAUGGAUAAUGUGCUAUGGCUUCUGAGUCGAGAUUUUAACUCCGAGAGCCCCUUGCCAACUAUAGCUGACGAUGACUAUAUUUGUCACCAGGUCUUUCAUACAAGUGCCACAACAUCCAGAUUCGUUGACAAAUGCUGCAGUGUGGAUAUUGAUAAAAACAUGGCUUGUGCUGUUGAAUUUAAGAGUAUUACUCUCGACGUUCUGCUGUACUUUGUACUAUUCCUCAAGAUUGCCGUUUUUCUUAUUGUCCCGUAUCUCAUUCCUUGCGCCGUGUACAUGUUUUCACGAGGCGCCGAUACAUUUAGGGUCAUCCUCAAAAGCUCACUCCAGAAGACAUUGCUUGUAGCAUCAGACCCCGGAAAUGUAAAGUUUGAUCAUCAUUGGCCAGCGCAAGCUUUGGACAAUUUUGAUAAAUUCCAGGAAGCGGUUAAAAUUUUUCCUAAAGGAAGACCAGUUAAGGUUAAAUUUAGUGAGUAUAUCUUAUCCGUAGAAACGGACCGUGUUGUCACAGAAAAUCAUAUCCCCGUUGGUUUAUUUGCUUGUCUCAAAUAUAGAGUUUUUCGUUGUGGGAUGAGGAAAUUUUGGGCGUGUGUUAAAUGUUGCAACGCUAGCAUAUGUGGAGUACUGAACGAAACAUUUCCUAUCAAAUGGAAACACAUUGGGUACGCAUCAUCAGGUUUGAUUCUCGUGACGUUAGUAUUUCCGUUUCCGUAUUGGCUAAGGUUGGUUUUCUUCAAUGUGUUUGAAAGAGAGGAAUUGUCAAGUAGGUCAGAAUUCGCUAAUAGGUUUGGGUUUAACAAAGCCUAUGAGCUUCAUCUUGUACAGUAUUUCUUUCCAGAGAAUGCAAUAUUUAUAGUCUGUUACGUAAUGUAUGCAGUUCUUAUCCUAUUGCAACUUUUCUUCAAGAUUGAGCCAAGUGGAAGAUAUAGACAUAUUGUAAAAAGUUCUUUUGUGGAUAUGCAUGACGUUCCCAUUAUGACCAUAAUUGGAAAAAUGAUAGAGUUUCUCUUGUUGCCGUGUAGGUUUCUGGGUUGUUUGGGGUUCAUCUUUAGUUUUAUAUUCUGGCCAAUUGCUGUUCCUAUAUGUUUAGUGCUGUUCACCUUAAGCUGUGCCCCACUUUUGUAUCUAACAUAUAGGUUCUUUGUACACAUCUAUAGAAGUGUAUCUAGUUCCUAUUCUAAGCUUCCCAAGAACACCUCAGUUUAUUCAGACACAACAGAGACGGACAUGCUUUCUGAUACGGAACCGUCCACUAAAACUAUGGGCUGCAUGGAUAAAGCUCUCUGUAUUAUCCUACCAAUCAUGUACCUGUUUGGGAUUUGGUGCACAGUGUUCCUGGUAUCGGAAUGUCUUGGUUUCGGGCUAGAGGUGCUUAUUUUCACACUCAUUGGCCUUAUUGUUAACGCUGGCUCUGUUCUGAAAUAUCUUUCAAUUCUGUUUCUCCUGGUCAUAUAUUCAUACGACUGUUUUAAUAACGUCUAUCUCAAAUACCUGUCCCUUAACAAGGCAAUCUUCAAGGAUGUAUUUGGACGAGUCAAAGAUGAUGUUACAGAACUGACUCAGCGUCCAAGCCAUUUGCAGGAAAAUCGUGGUUUCAAGUCAGAGGCCUUAACUGAACAGGAAAAGCACGAGAGGCCCGACAGAUUAGCCAGAAGACGUCCAAUGCAUUGGAAUGUCAAUGAUUUGGUCCUUUUUGUAAAUAAAUUUGAUUUGCAUUUCCUGCCCGUGAAAUUGUUCUACGCGAUCACGUUAAUUCAAGUUGCGGGAGCUCCAGGUCCUGUGUAUAAGAGUCUCUUGCAUGCUUGGAGACGUUUUGGCCAAAUCAUUAUCUUCCUUGGUUUCCUUGUGAUGACAGUUAGUAUAUUUGGUGACAUCUACAAGGUCAGCUCUACGAGUCAAAUGCUCGCCACGCUGGCUGGUGGUAUCUUCCCGUUCAUGCUUCGCAACUUCAUGUCCUCAAAGGCCGACCCUAUUGAAUUAAACUCUUGUACAUUUAAGUGCAAAGUCGAUGAGGUGAUUGAAAAUUUCAAAGAAGAUUGGCCGAUAGCUGAUUUACCGUUUGAAGUGGAUGAAGACCAAAGUGGAGUUGAAUCAUGUGAGAAGGUUGAUCUCUUCAUUCAGCUUCCAAAGUCAGGUAUACGUAGCAACAAACAUGUGUUGAUUAACAUGGGCUGGAGAGGCAAGAAAUACACGCUUGAGCACACAGAGGACGUCGAUGUUUUAUCAGAUGCCCGUUCAGAGAAAAUUGAAGAUGAAGUUGACAAAGCAAAACAGGAAAGUGUUGAGAUCACCGACGAUGCAAAUGUAUAG